GGCGAUAACCAGAGAGAGAGAGAGAGAGCGCGCGGAGCGAGCUUUGGCGAGCACUCAGAGUUUAAACGCUGCGCUCCUGGGCGCAGGAAAACCAGUAUCCGCUGUCACCUGCCAGGAGUCCAGACCCCGAGUGGAGAGAGGCGCGUACCCUGACGGAGGACUGUUCAGACCCACUGCUUCGAGGUCAGAGCGAGGCACCGCCGUGAGGCCGUCACCGUAGGAGCCGAGGUGGCCGAUGCAACGCACCCCAGCCUUUCCUGUCCAAGAAGUCCGGUCCUGAGCGGGAAAAGAGUGUUCAGAGAAGCCGGCGUUCAACAAGAACGAGAGGAGGACGAGCAGAGGAGAGCCUCCGAAUACAGCUGAAGAGAAUUAAAUCCAAACUGAGGAAUUAUUACAACAUUCAGGCUGACCUCUGCUCUGUGGAUUCUUCUGUUACUGGUUUUUACCCUCCCUGGUUUCAAUGAGUCAUUCACCGAAACAGGCAUUAAGCCUUUUUUUUGAGAAUCACAGUGACGUUUGACCUCGAUAUCUAGAAGACGAAAGACCUGGUACUUUUGCUUCUUUUUGAACCUAUUGACUGUCAAGUUUGAGAGGAUCUCUGGGAGCUGAAGGGGAUUUUUUUUCUCUUUGACAUUGCACAAUCUCUUUCAUUUUCUGUUUUUGCCUCUGUGUUAUCUCACUCUGUCUUUUCCUGAUAACGCUUUGCUUCUUAUAAAGAGAAGAGCAGGGUUUGCUUUCCAGUUUGGCUUUCACAGGAGGACAAAUCCACCCUUGUGUGUAAGAGAGUGUGUGUUUGUGUCACUCACUAGCCUUCUGUGAUAUCAGGGGACAGUAAUUGCCCUGUGUGUCUCUUCGGGUAAAAUGGGAUCUGAAAAGGACUCAGAGUCACCUCAUUCUUCAGUGAGCGGUGUCCCCAACCCCAAGUGCCGCGCCGCAGGCAAGCGCCAGGGCCGCAUCUCCUUCCACAGCCUUUUCCGCAGCAAACGGGGCUCUCGGAGCAGCAGGGCCCCUAAAGGCGGAGCGGCCACCCCUUUAUCCCAUCAACACCAACAUCAAAACACACAACAGCUUCUCUCUUCUGCCUUGAGCUCAGCUCCCACCGCAGCCUCUGCUACACCCACAACAACCACAGCCCCCCAGGAUGCUGCUCCCACCACCCUAUCGAAGCCACUCUCCUCCAGUCAGACAUCCCUGGGUGGAGCCCCUUCCUCUGGGGAGUCCAACUUCCUGGAGUGCCCCCUGUGCCUGGUGCGCCAGCCUGCCGACCAGCUUCCUGAGCUGCUGAACCCCUCCUGCCUCUGCUGCCUGCGCCAGUACCUCCGUAUUGAAAUCACAGAGAGCCGAGUCCAGCUCAGCUGCCCCGAGUGCGCUGAGAGACUGGACCCGCGGCAGGUGGCGGACAUCUUGGAUGAUGCGGCCCUGCUGGAGAAAUACGAGGAGUUCCUGCUGCGGAGGUGCCUCGCCUCUGACCCAGACUGCCGAUGGUGCCCGGCGCCUGACUGUGGGUUCGCCGUCAUCGCCUCGGGCUGUGCCAGCUGUCCCAGGUUGGUCUGUCGCAGAGAAGGCUGCGGUGCUGAGUUUUGCUACCACUGCAAACAGGCCUGGCAUCCCAACCAGACUUGCGACUCGGCCCGUCAGCAGAGGGCGCAGUCUCUGCACACCCACAGCAACCACUCACCCAGCUACACACAGGAGCAGGGACCUGCUGAUGAUAUCAAGCCCUGCCCUCGCUGUGGCGCCUACAUCAUCAAGAUGAAUGAUGGGAGCUGCAAUCACAUGACCUGCGCCGUCUGUGGCUGCGAGUUCUGCUGGCUUUGCAUGAAGGAGAUCUCUGACCUGCACUACCUCAGUCCAUCUGGCUGCACAUUCUGGGGGAAGAAGCCUUGGAGCAGUAAGAAGAAGAUUUUGUGGCAGCUGGGAACUCUGAUCGGAGCUCCAGUCGGCAUCACCCUCAUCGCAGGCAUCGCCAUUCCCGCCAUGGUCAUUGGCAUCCCUGUUUACGUUGGCCGCAAGAUCCACGCCCGCUACAAGCUGAGGAUGCCUCGCCACAGAAGGAACCUGGCCAUCACAGGGGGAGUGGCCCUGUCAAUCAUCACCGCUCCUGUCAUUGCAGCUGUCAGCGUGGGCAUUGGUGUGCCCAUCAUGUUGGCCUAUGUGUACGGCGUGGUGCCCAUUUCUCUGUGCCGAGGAGGAGGUUGUGGUGUCAGCAGAGGGAAGGGCCGAGGCGUCCGAAUCGACUUUGAUGAGGACGAUGGACCAAUCACAGUGGCGGACGCGUGGCGAGCCCUCAAGUCACCGAGCCUUGGCGAGAGCAGUCUGGACGGGGCGGUCAGCGGUCUGAGCACCACCUCCCCCAGUGAGGGGCUCUCAGUGGCCCCUGUGACUCUGGGUGACACACCGCACUUCAACACCUUGGCAGGAGGGGCCCUGGGGACCCGCACUGGCAAAUACAGCAGGCUGGAGGUUCAAGCCGGGGAGUUGGCUAAAGAAUCAGCCCAGAGGGACACGGGCAGCCUGGGAGCGGGGAGUGACUGUGCCAGCACCCGAGGAAUGGCCGGAUCGAUCAUCUCCUCCUACACACUACCUGACAGGUGAGAGACGACACUUCUGUCUUCUUCU